UAUAUAGCAGCAGACCAAAGCUGAUUAGUGCUCUACUCAACAACUUUACCUUCUCAAGUCUCAACUUCUUCAUUGCAGAGCAACUGUUAAUUAAUCUUUCAGUUAGACAAUCUAAGCAAGAAUUGAAAUGGAAUCUAUUGAGUUGAAGGCCUUGGUUGAUAGGAAGAACAAUAGGGUAAUUCUUGUUGAAUCUGAAGAAGAUUUUGUUGAUGUUCUCUUCAGUUUCUUGACUAUGCCUCUGGGUAAAAUUAUCUACCUUGCUUGUCAUACUGACCCCGCGGUCGAGCAAGGCUGUCUAAACAAUUUGUAUAAAAGUGUUAUAAGUCUUGAUCGUAGGCUUCUUAGAAAAGGAGUAAGUAAGUCCGUGUUGAUUGGCCCUCCAAAUGGUGCUGCAACUCAUUGGAUAGACCUUAAAUUGAAAAUUGAUGGUCUUGGUGAUCGUUUGUUUUGCUUUGGCUGCGGCGACCGAAAUUGCUUAGCAACUGAAAAUAUGCCAUUUAGUCAUUACAUAGGAACAAUUUGCGCUUGUGGGAAUCCCAUGAAUCACGCGAUGAUUGUGAUUCAUGACGAACUGAAGAAUGCGGGUUCUGAUCCUCAAGAGGGAGGGGUUUUUGUUAGAGGAAUGUCUCGAUUUGUAACAAGUGAUGAAUUAAGAGUUUGCCCCCCUUCAACUACAGCUAGCUUUCCCUUCUUCUCCAAGUUUGGAGUUGAAGAUGCAAGCUCUGUCGAGGAGAUGACGUUUAAAGUUGGCUUACCUGAGGUUUUGAAUCUGCUGAAGAACUCGCUAAUAUCAAAAACACCUUUGACGGACACUUUGUUGGAGAAGCCAAAAGAAAUACCUGAAUUAAGCGAUGAAUCAUUGGAUCAAGAGAGCUCCUUGGACAAACUUCUAUGUAUGACAGAUUCAUUGCUAGGUUUCUUUUUCCAGACUUUGAAUUUGAUGAAGAGCUCAUUGAUACCAAAGAAAGCUUUAAAGGAAGUACCAGAAAAGAAAAUGCCAGAAUCAGGUCUAAACGUUUUUGGUGAAGAGAUCUCCCUUAAGCGUGACAUUGGAGAACUUGCUUCAAAGAUAACGGGAAAGAUCCCUAUCAGGCUCAUGCUCUGCAAAUCCAAGAGGAUAGUGUGUUAUGCAGAAGCCGGUAAAGAUUUUGUUGAUUUACUCUUUAGCUUUCUCGCACUUCCACUCGGAUAUAUAGCAAAAGAAGCCCGUGGUACUCCGUCAAAAGGAUGCAUAAAUCAUUUAUAUGAGAGUGUUGAGGAUCUCGACGUUGAGAAAUACUUUAAGUCGCAUUACCAUAAGGAGAUUCUACUAACUCCCAAGAUAGCACCCGGUUUUGUUUACGAGAACCAACUCCUAGAGGUGGAGGAAGCUCGAGCUGUUGACCAUUACUACUAUCUUGGAGGCUAUAAGAUACAUGCUGGUAUACAUUCUGGCAGUGUAGACAAUGCUGUAACUGUAGAGUCACGUUCAAGUAGUGGAGGAUUUGUAAUUAAACCUGCAUUAUUCACAAUAACUGAUGAUCUGGUUGUAACUCCCAUAUCCACUAUCUCAUGUGUGUCUGCUAUGAACAAAUUGGAGAUACCUUUCAGUGACAUUGAAGAGAGAAUUGUGUACAUGGGCAAGGAUGAGGCUUCACGACUCAUGGUAGCUUCUUUUACCUCUGAAGCUGCUCUUACUGAAACUUUCAUCCGCAAAUGCACCUCUGAAGCUGCUCCUACUGAAAAUUCCAUCGUAAAUUGACAAAACAAGACAGUGUGCAUACUGAAGCAAAGUGAUCGGUUUCAGGUCAUACUAAGACGGUCAGUCCAGUUACCAACCCUUUAUAUCUAGCUAUGUAUUCCUGAGUGAAUUGUCUUGUACUGUUUGAAGAGGAUCUUUCUGUUCAAAACAUCUUACUACUCUUUAAGUCA